UUCCUAGAAAGGCCCGAGGAAACUCUGAGAAGAGAAACACGGAAACCCACUGCGUUAAGUUUCCGUCCCACAUAAUCCGUCCGGCUACCUUUCGCACAAGCAUAGAGCAGACUGCAAACAAAAAAUGGCGUUGAAGAUGGCGCCAACAAGACCAUUAAUCCAUGUAAUUACUCUGUUUUUAUCACUAUCCCUCAUUUUAUGUAUAGCUUUUGCUGCUUCAGGAGGGAGAAUGGGUGGCGGUUCAUUCUCUAAGCGGUCAUUAGGCUCAUCAGGUUCAUCAUCUUCUCAUUUUUCACCACCAAAUCACGCCAAUAGCCAUUAUCACAAUAAUUAUUACCAUCGUCAGUAUCACCAUGGAAGUAGUUGCUUUUGGAAAGAGAUGAGGAGUUCGGCAAGUGACAAUGGUGGUUUUUCAAGAUGGGAUGUCGUUAUUGUGACAGUUUCUUUGGUAGGAGUUGUAUUGGUUUUCUAUUUUGAAUAUUUGCAGAGACAGAGUAAAGGCAGUGUUCUAAUGGUUCAGGUUGGGUUAAGAGGGAAGGCUCGUUCACUUCUGAAAGAGCUCAAUGAAAUUGCUGAAACUACAGAUACUUCUUCACCAAAGGGAUGGCAGCUCAUACUUAUAGAAACCACAUCAGCUCUGCUUCGACAUCCAAAAUACUUUAUCUCUGGUUACUCAUCUGUGAAUCAGUAUUGGGGUGAUGAUAGUGUGGAAAAGAGCUUUAGAGAACUCUCUGGUGAAGAAAGAGAGAAAACUGAGAGAGAGACUCUGGUUAAUGUCAACAAUAUCAAGUGGAAAAGAACAGUUACUCCUAAAGCUAACAAAUUUGACAAAGAUUACAUUGUGGUGACGGUCUUGGUAGCAGCUGCAGGUUCAUACAGAGUUCCUCCCAUCAGAAGCACUGAUGACAUGAAAGAUGCCUUGCGAUCGUUGAACAGUGGUUUGAGCAACCUUCUGGCUGUAGAGGUGCUUUGGACUCCUCAGGAUGAGAAUGAUACUUUGUCAGAGGAUGAAUUGCUUGAAAAUUACCCACUUCUGAGACCUAUUUGAUUCUCCUAUAAUGGUGUCUGUUCGACCGGGAAAAGGGGAAGAUAUUUUCAUUAUAUUACAACUCUAAUCUAUAGGAUUGACUCAAAUUGCUGCCUGCUGUUGAUUUCUCUCUAUGUAAAUAUAUAAAUAUAAUUCCAAAAAGAGUUAAUAGAUUCAAUAAUCAGGUUCUAAACCAAAUUAUACAUCUGUAAAUUAUAUUUAAGAAUACUUGAAGAUAAUAACUAUGUUUAACUAUGUCAUUGAGCGAUUUAAUCAGCUCUCAAAGGAAGAAUGGGAGAAACAGAAACCCCUAAUCAAUUUUAAUUAUAAGCCAAGAUUUACUGA